AUGAAGUCGUUCUUGGUAAUCCUGGCUAUCGUCGCUGGUGCCGUAGCUUACCCCAUGAGCUACGAGCCCAUACAACUGGACUACCAUGAAAAAGUGGGCAUUCCUAUGGUAGAUUACCUUCGCAGCGCGGAGGGGGCAACCGACUUCGAUGGCGCAAGGAUCGUUGGCGGGCAGCCCGUGCAAAUCGACUCUCAUCCGCAUAUCGCUGGUCUGCUUAUCGCCUUGACAAAUGGCCUGACUUCAAUGUGUGGUUCCUCAAUUCUAUCAAACACUAAAGUCGUGACAGCCGCCCACUGCUGGAGGACCCAAAGUGUACAGGGUCGUUCUGUGACUGUCGUGCUUGGUUCUUCCCGACUCACUUCUGGAGGUACCAGAGUCACCACCGCCAACGUCCAGAUGCACUCGGGCUACAACACGGAUCUGUUUAACAACGAUAUCGCCAUCAUUACUAUGCCACACGUAGGGUUUAACAACAACAUUCGCGCGAUUUCUCUGCCUUCUGGCCUAUUGUUGAGCAUGAACUUCGAGGGUAUCCUCGCCACCGCUGUUGGCUACGGAAGGCUUCAAGACGGUGGCCAGAACAGCAACGACGCUCUACACCGUGUGACCCUGACGGUCAUUGAGAACUGGAUGUGUACCAACAUCUAUGGACCUGAACGUAUCAUCUCCUCUACUCUCUGUACAAGCGGCCAAGGCCGUGUCGGACCUUGUCAAGGGGACUCUGGUGGUCCACUUGAGCUCUCUUUUCAAGGCACGCGAUACUUGAUCGGUGUGACAUCGUUCGUUGCUGCUCGCGGUUGCCAGGCUGGUCUACCAGCCGGUUUCGCUCGAGUCACCUCCUUCGCUAGCUGGAUUAGAGCACGUCUCUAA